CACACACACAAAGAGGUGGGGCCCUACAUUGUAAGAACCCUCUAUUCCUUUAGUAGUGGCCAUAGUCAAGUCUCUCACACACACCCAAAAAAAGAAAGACAUCCCUUUUUUCCCUUCGUCUCCAUUGGUACUAGUCAGACAUUAACGUGAGCGGCUUAGUGAAACACCCCCACCCAUCUCUCUCUCUCUCUCUCUCUAUAGAAACCCAGAAAAAUUCUUGCUUUCAAACUUCUCCCAUUUUCUUCUUCCCAUUCAUAAGCAGAAUCUGAUUCUUCUUUUCUCUUAGAUAGAACUUUGGAGACACAGAAGAACAAGGAUUCAGAAUCCCGAUCGAAACCCCUAUUUUUUUCUUACUCAGAUACUUGGAAGUGGUCUUAAAAUUUGUAUGGUAGGAUGGGAAACUGAGUUUUGUUCGGUUUUGAUUUCAAGUUAGCUAGCAAAACAAUGGGAAGUCUUACACCUGAUGCUCUGAAAGAUGAUCCUGAGCUUGAAGAUUCAUUAAACAUUCAUGAGAAUCUCCCUGUCUUGUUGACCCAGAAAAGACAACAGCAAUGUAGUUUAGUUUCAAACAGCGGGAAGUGGCUACACCUUGUCAAAAACUGUCCCAGAGGCUCGUUCUCUCGAGCCACCAGCUUCUUUGAUAACAAGAUCCCAAGGCAUUUGGUGUCGCUAGACGAGAAGUAUCUCCGCAGAUGCCUUGAAUUGAUUAACAUCAGCGCCUUUAAGCCGUCAGCUAGUUGCAGCCUCUCUUCGUAUCACUUUGACUCAAGUAUGAUCCCUAAAGAGAACGUUGCUCGUCUUCUCUUUGAUCUUCCCUUGGUUGAUGAUUCAGGGAACGUAGUGAUUAGUCCUGUGAUCACAGGUUGCAAGAGAGUUACGCAUUUGCUUGAUAGCCCUGAAAAGGCGGUCUCAGUAUCGAGCACAAGCUCAGUGAGCUCCUCUUCUUCUUCUUCUGAGCAGUCUUCUUCAUGUUGGUCUCCUUCUUCAUCAACGGUUUCUCAAGGAACACUUCAGUUCACUAUGAAAGACAACAAGAUUCCUCAUUUUGUUUUCUCAUUGGAUGAUCAGAAAGAGAUCUAUGUAGCUACCUUAAGCAAUACUAGUAGUGUUGGUUUUGACCGUAGCUCUCUAGACUAUUCUUAUUUGAUCCAUUUGCAGAAAGGGCGUGUCGGCUCUGAACUGGUUGGUAAGCUAAAGGUAUCAACGUUGUUCUCUGUCUCAUCCGCUAAUGAAAGAACCGUUGAGAGACAGUUUGUUCUGUUCAGUAACGGUGGGAAUCAGCAGUUGCUAGGCCACAGUGAGAUCAAGAAACACAGAGGAUUGUCUAAGAAAGUGGUUGAUGCGUUCAAACGCGGCUCAAGGCAAAGAAGCAUCUCAAGAUUCAGUAGAACAAGCUCCGUAACUGAUUUUAGUUCUUGGGAGCCGUUUCAAGAGCCUGAUCAAGUUCUUGAAUCCGUGAGUUUGCUAGAUAGCGAGCUUCCGCAUAAUCUUGAAGCCUCAGCUGUUGUUGUGAGAGAGAAGUUUCUCAAUGAAGAAGAGAAAGUUGGAGGGUGGGGCAUGAAGUUUCUGAAGAAAACCUCCUUGUCUAGAAGAACCAAGCAGGCUUGUGGAGAUUCAAAGCAAAUGAGCAUAGAUGUUGUGAUUCCUUCAGGGGUUCACGGAGGGCCGAGAAGCAGAAACGGUGGUGGUGGUGGUCCUUCGAGUUUGGUUGAGAGAUGGAAGUCUGGAGGAAGCUGUGAUUGCUCUGGAUGGGACUUAGGUUGUCCUUUAACCGUCUUUAAAGGGCAAGCUAGAAAAGAUCAGAGUGAAGGUCAAUGCAAUCUUUUUGAGCUCUUCACUGAGGGAUCGAAGCAGGGGAGUCCUGGACUGAGGAUCAUGAGUGUAAGAGAGGGUCUUUACUUUGUCCAGUUUCAAGCAAAGAUGUCUGUGUUGCAAUCUUUUUCAACGGCUUUGGCGUAUGUUCAUAGUCAGAGCCAGAGACUUAGGCCAUGGUUGUCAGGGAAAGUGUGUAGAGAGAAGCUUAACUUAAGCUAAAAGAGAGAGGAUUGCACAGAGUAAAAGAUAGGCACAAACUCAGCCUUCGUAAUUUCAGCAGGUUCUUGAGUUAAAAUAUUUUUUUUUUUUUAGUUUAUUUGUUUUCUAUUUAAUAUAUUUUUUUGAUAGAAAAAAAUGUUUCUUUACUCGAAAUCAUAUGCAAGUUUGGUGUGUUUUUGUUGGUGUGAAUGUAAAUUUCUGACUUUCGAUUUUGACAUUUUAUGAUGUUCUGGUUUUCUAUAGACUUUGUUUUGUCAAUUAAGUGAUUAACUUCAGUUUUACACAACAACGACAUACACAAACGUUUUCUUACACAUUUUUUGUUUUGUUUUUCCCCUAACCAAGAACAAAGAGCUUAAUAAUAGUAUAAUACUAGUAGGCUCCAAAUACAAUACUGCAUACUUAUUCGUACA